AUGGGCGUGUUGCUUUCCCAGGACGGCUCCAUAGUGUUUUGGAAAGCAAGGCAAUUGUGCACAAGAAAACCAAUAGCUGAUUCAGAGUAUGAAGUCCCAGUGACAUGGAAAAGAAAGCAUUUUAAAAGGAAGAAGAAGAGGCCACCAAAAGAAGUCUCUGAGCAACACUCUCUAGUGCAGGAUUACAGCGAGACGCUCACAUUGCCCUGCUCCAUUUGCAAGCAUGAGGUUGACCUGCCUGGAGUUUUCUUCCACAAGAAGGAGCACGUGGCUCUGAGCACACUGGGCUUGCAGUGGACGGGCGGCAAGAAACCAGGGCUCUCAGCGGUCAUAGGCCUGAGACAGUCUGCCAUUACUAAGCUGCUGUCAUCUUUUGCAUUCAACGAGAAAGCCUUGCAGAGCAUUAAUAAUGCUUUUGAGCUACUGUGGAAGAGACAGAUACCAGCAUACUACAAGAUUAUGCAGAACAUUUGCGAGAGCUCCAUAUAUCCUCAAAAAAUCGAUCACCUAUUAGUUAAAGGAGCAGCUGUUUGCGAAGACAGGAAUUCUACAUGGAGAGUUGACAUGAAUGAUAAAUUCAUUGUCGUGAAUAAUUUUGGCAGGAAACCCAAUGUGUGUUUUUUUGGUUUGUUUGAUGGACAUCAUGGAGCCUCAGCAGCCGACUUGACCUCAAUGGAACUCCCGGUUUUACUUCUCCAUCAACUUUCCAGACUUGAUCCUUCCUACCAAAUGACUUCAGAAGAGCAGAAAGUAAUCAGUUCUUUCAACACAGUGUUUAGUGAGGACUACAGAGCUGUGGAAGACUCCUUCUCCUCCAAAAAGAAAAGGACAAAAGGAAUGAAGAGCGUGUAUGAGAACAUACACAAAGCCUUUGCCAAGGCGUUCUGGAGAAUGGACAGGCUUUUACGUCUCGGAAGGAGGGAAGUGUCCAGGGCCCGAUGGAGCGGCUGUUCCGCAGUCACUGGCAUUCUGGAAAGCAGUGUUGAGAGUCCCGAGGCCAGGAGGUCUCGGGGAAGAACCAGUGACCUUGGUGCUUCGGCAGAUGCGUGCCUUUUCCUGGGGAUGCCCAAAACCUCCACCGGGGCGCUGCACAUUGCAAAUGCUGGUAAUGUGCAAGCGGUCUUAUGCAGAAACGGGAAAGGCUUCUGCUUAACCAAAGAGCACACCACCCGGAACGUGGAGGAGAGAAGGCGGGUGCUCCGGCAGGGAGCGGUCAUCAGCGCCAACGUGCCGCACGGCCUCCUCCAGGGGCAGACGGCCACCACACGAGGACUCGGCUUCCAUGGGAAUCUCAAGCUGAAAAGAUUCGUCAUCCCAGCGCCUCAGACGAUUUCUGUGCCCAUAGAUGACUUGUGUCAGUUCCUCAUCCUGGGCACCAAUGGGCUCUGGGGAGUUCUGGACACGAAGGAGGUCACCGCACUCGCCAUGUCGGCUUUCCAAGCACACAGAGAAACAUGGGGUCCCGCCUCGGGGAACCAACCGUCACCACCCAGAGGGUCUCUGCUUUGCCCCAUCAGUGAACAAACCACAUCGAGAUCAGAUAACAUCCACACAGCGUUCCAGCGCAGAUCUGGAGAACGGGCGCCAACUGGGGAUUCAAAAGAAAACCUGCCAGUUUCAGAACAUUCCAUCUGUGACCCCGAAAGUUCAGGACCAUCUCCACCAAAAAAGACCACUCGUGAUCCCUGCAGCGAGGAAGGGACUGGCGGACUGACCAGCGUGGACAGACAGCCGAAAGCCUCGAGAGAAAAACAGGGAGGGCCCGGCAGUCAGAGCUUCUACGAUGGCGCUGCCGCUUACGUCAGCCACGAGCUCGUCAAUGCUGCUCUAGCGGCUGGCUCCAGAGACAACAUCACGGUCAUGGUGAUACUUCUCAACGGAACCGAGCAUCACCUGCUGACAUAAAAGCGCUGGCUAUCCAGAGGAGAGAAACAUGGAGACAGUUCUUCAAUGAGCCAGAUACCAGAACAAUGCAUCCAUUUUUAAGAAUGCAGUGAAGAAAAUAUAGAAGCAGAUUUCAGGUAACACAAUGCCAUUUAUAUAUGUUCAUGUGAAAAAAGAGGAGAACCAGUACUUGCUUUUUAAUACCACUUUAUUCCAACCUGAGCACCUCAACAUGAAACUAAGCACUGGUGAACUGUUCUCCUUACUAAUUCGGAAUCACUGUAGAUGUACAAGUCUGCUAGCAGUUCAACACUUAAAUAGAUUAAAUCAUCUCUGACACAUGGUAGAUUUCAUAUAAUGAAAAUGCCUAAAACAGUUAGUGCAAUAUACUGAUCAAAAUAAAAUGAACUUUGGAAAACAAGGCUGCAAGGUUGUUACUAACAUAUCCAAUACUUAUGUUACAAAUUACUGGUAUAUUUUUUAUCAUGGUUCUAGCCAGGUAGGAACAAUUGAAGCCCCUUCCUUUCAAAGGGGGAGAAAAGGAAAAAAUUAGCUGUUUUAGUAACUGUACAUUUUGUAUACUUUUAAGCAACUCUUAAAUAUUACCGAAAAGUAAUAAACAUACAUGGAGACGACAAAGCAGGCCCCUAUUUACAGUGCAGCUGAAGAGCGGAUUUAAAAUGAUCAAGCUUGACUGUCCAUAAUUGUUAGUGCACUGACUAUACUCAUGUCCAAAGGGCACAAAGGCCCCCUCCCUACACCCAAACAAAACCUAUGCAAUGGCCAGCAGUGAUUACACAGAAAUCACAGACACCUGGUUUGUUUCAUUUUGUUGAAGAACUCACAUGUUUGAAGGGAACACUAUCCUUUAAGAUGCAUUUUACCCCAUUUUAAAAAACAACAGGAUUAGCUGUAAUUUAGAUGCCACUAAUGUUCAUCUCUUCCCACUGAAGAUGUGGGACUGUUUCCUUGUGGCAAAUUUGUUAAAAUGUGGAAUGUAUACUUUAAAUAA